GCCUGGCCUAUAUAUAUAUGUGUGCACCCAAAAGCCUUUGUCUUUUACUUUCAUCUUAUUAUUCUAUAGUCGACGAUAAUGGCCGGCGCCGGAGAAGGGAUGAACGUGCUGAAGAAGCUCGACGAAGCCAAGACUCAGUACUACCACUUCAAGGCCGUCGUCAUCGCCGGAAUGGGUUUCUUCACCGACGCCUACGACCUCUUCUGCAUCUCCCUCGUCACCAAACUCCUCGGCCGCAUCUACUACCACGUCCCCGGCUCCCCCAAGCCCGGCACCCUCCCUCCCAACGUCUCCGCCGCCGUCAACGGCGUCGCCUUCUGCGGCACUCUCGCCGGCCAGCUCUUCUUCGGGUGGCUGGGGGAUCGGAUGGGCAGGAAGCGGGUCUACGGCCUCACCCUGCUCCUCAUGUUCUGCUCCUCCGUCGCCUCCGGCCUCUCCUUCGGCUCCUCCCCCCGCGCCGUCAUGGCCACUCUCUGCUUCUUCCGCUUCUGGCUCGGCUUCGGGAUCGGCGGCGACUACCCUCUCUCCGCCACCAUCAUGUCCGAGUACGCCAGCAAGAGCAACCGUGGCGCCUUUGUCGCCUCCGUCUUCGCCAUGCAGGGCUUCGGGAUUCUCACCGGCGGCACCGUCGCCAUGCUCGUCUCCGCCGCCUUCGACCGCGCCUACAAGGCUCCCUCCUACGAGGCCGACCCGAUCGCCUCCACGGCUCCCCAGGCCGACUACGUGUGGCGGAUCAUCCUCAUGGCCGGGGCGCUUCCGGCGGUGCUGACGUGGUACUGGAGAGCGAAGAUGCCGGAAACCGCUCGAUACACCGCCCUGGUCGCCAAGAACGCGGACAAGGCGGCGGCAGACAUGUCGAAGGUCCUGCAAGAGGACAUAGAGGCGACAGAAAGGGCGGAGCCGAAUGCCCCGGGGAAAUCGUCCCCGCCAUCGUUCGGGCUGUUCACGAAGGAGUUCGCCCGGCGGCACGGGCUGCACCUGGUGGGCACGUGCAGCACGUGGUUCCUUCUGGACGUGGCGUACUACAGCCAGAAUCUCUUCCAGAAGGACAUCUUCAGCGCGGUGGGGUGGAUCCCACCAGCGAGGACGAUGAGCGCGACCCAUGAGGUGUUCAAGAUAUCCAGGGCCCAGACGCUCAUCGCCCUCCUAAGCACGGUCCCCGGGUACUGGGUGACGGUGGCGACCAUAGACAGGCUGGGGAGGUUCGCGAUCCAGAUGAUCGGGUUCACCAUGAUGACGAUAUUCAUGUUCGCGCUGGCGGUCCCGUACGCCCACUGGUCAAUGCCGGGGCAGCAAAUAUGGUUCGUCGUCCUCUACGCCUUCACCUUCUUCUUCGCCAACUUCGGGCCCAACGCCACCACCUUCGUGGUGCCGGCGGAGAUCUUCCCGGCCAGACUGCGGUCCACCUGCCACGGAAUAUCGGCGGCUUCCGGGAAAUUGGGUGCAAUCGUGGGGUCCUUCGGGUUCUUGUACCUGGCUCAGCCGCGGGACAAGUCCAAGGCGGACGCCGGGUACCCAGCCGGAAUCGGGGUGAGGAACUCGCUCAUCGUCUUGGCGGUCGUCAACUUUCUGGGCAUUGUGUUCACUCUACUGGUUCCGGAAUCAAAGGGGAAAUCUCUUGAGGAACUGUCAAGAGACAACGAAGAAACAGCAGCAGCAGCAGCUUCUCUGGAGGAAGAAGAAAUGAAGAAGAAGAAUCCAGAGCAGUGACAGUCUAAAACCAGUUCUCUUACAUUAGAGAGAAUUUUAUCCCCUUUAUUGUUCUAUUCAUCAUUUUCUAGCUAUUUGUUAAACUAUUGGUAGCCUAGAUGAUAGUUGGAUUCUUUAUAAUUUCGUACCAGAGUAAUUUUUUUAGUGUUCUUAAACUUCCUAAUUUAGUGUUUCAAAUGUUAUUAAAAAAAUGUAUUUUAU